AUGAAACGUUUCCAUAUUCCCGCCAACCUCAAAGAUUUGCUCCCUUUGAACGGAAAAGAAUCUGCGUUUUCCCUUGGACAGUUAUCCAUGGUGUUCUUGGUUGAUUUGUUGAGAUCAAACAGUGAGAUAAUCAUGGAGCAUCUUCCAUUGCUUUUGCAUGUUUCAUUCUCUUUGCUUGACCAUUAUUUCACUCUCGUUCAGGAGCAAGCAGUUUCUUUGCUUAUUCAUUUAGUGCAUUUGAUAACACCUGGAAAUCCAAAGUCGGCGAGGAUCCUGGAUCUUUUGAAACAAAAGGAUCACCAGAAGAAUCUCUGGGUCUAUGACUAUUUGAACAACGACAAGAAUGGCGGGAUGACCCCCGAAGAACAUGGAUUUAUUGUCGCGCUAUAUUUCGCAAGUGAUUGCUCCUUACGAUCCUUGAAUUUGCAAACUGAUUGGAGCCGUGUUUUGUUUGAAGUGAGCAACAACGUGUGCUGUUCGCCAUAUUGCAUGUCGUUCCUUCCAGGUAUUCCGGUCGCUUUUAUCCUUCUUAGAUCAGAAUAUGCUCAAAGACAUGUUGCAUCGUCUUUCGAAUACGAUUGCAGACGAAGCGGUUGA